AUGGCCACGACACAAGUUCCUGGUGAAGACUCAUUUACGUCAGCCCUUAUAUACGCACUAGAAGCUUUGGUCGAGGAGAAAGGCAUGUCCACAACGGUGGAACUCCUCAGAAAGAUUAAGUCCCAUGCGCCCAACUUCCCUAGUGAUCAGAUUCCCGUGCUCUCCGAUCGAAGAGACGAUGCCCAAGCUGGUCGCAUCAUGCUUCAUCCACUCCACAGAAAUCAAGAAGAUGGCUCACGAACCGCUAUAUCAUCGGAAGAAACUUCCAAUCUAGAUGCUCUCAAACGCCACACCGUGACUUUGCAUUCUGAUUUCGCCAAAAAACCUCCAUCUACAGACAUUGAGAUUCUCGGCCGCCAUUUGAAUCAAAUUUUUGAGAGGUCCACCCUUGGUGUAAAUCGAGUGCGGUGGGGGGGUAUGAAACGAUCAGCGGCUGCCCGUGCUGUUGGAAGCUUUCAGGCUGGUUUGCAACGAUCUCGUCGCGCGAGCAUGAAACAGUGGCCGAUUUUUGCUACGAGUCGGGACUCACCGCAGGCGCUGGAGCUUGCAGCAACAGGGAGCGUGGGCGUCAACCCUCCGGUUGUCAGCGCCAUAUCAUUCCCAAAUUCAUCGAGCUCAAAUGAGGAGAGCGACGACGGCCACAUCUUAGUCCGCAGAGUCCGAAACAAGAAGCAGAAGUCCGAUACGGAUGGAGAAGAGGCUUCCCGAACGACACAUAGACUUUCCGUCGGAAGUCAUUGCUUUACCGUUGGCAGCCCACAGAGCUCGUCAGCUUUCAGCGCCUUCUAG